AAGAAGAUGACGACGACGAUGGUGAUGACGAGGGUGGUUUAGAAUUGCAGGUUGUAAAAAAUGAGCAAGGAUAAAGAAAUGCUUUUAAAUUUGGAUCAUGGUUCAGAUUCUGAAGAAGCAAUCGAGGAGUUUAAGCUGCCUCCGCCCAGAAAAAAUCAGUCUAAAGUUCGAAAGAAUCGGAAACAACUUGAUACCAGAGUAGCAAGUGGAAAAUCACCGCUUUUUACACUUAAAUGUAUUGCUGUUCUUGUAUUGAUAUCUGUGGUGGUAUCUGGUUGUCUUUUACUUGCUUUUUUUAUAUUAAAUACACAAACGCAAAUUAAUGAUCUUAAAGUGAGCUUAGCUAAAGCCAAUGAAAAAAUUAAUUCACAUACUAUAGAACAGGCCAAGUCCAAUGAAAUGCUCUAUAUGGAUAUACAAAAUGUUAAAAAUUCAAUUAAUAAUAUACAACAACAAGAUUUUGCUAUCUUAGAAAAGAUAAAAAUAAUUGAGUUCAAUCAAAAUUCUUCAAAGGAUAAAAAUUUUGAUAAUCGAAAGAUUGAAGUAAUGCUAAAUGAUAUUUCUGCUCUGAAAAAGGGUAUGGCAGAUGCAGGUAGUGAAACCAGUAAACUUCAGAAUAAACUCUCUGAAAAUCAAAAUUUAAUGGAACAGGUUUUAAAAAAUGUUGAUGACAUAAAACAAAAACAGAAUGGUGAUAAUGUAGUGUCAUCAACAGGAGAAUUGGUAGAAGCUAAUAAAGAUUUUAUCACAAGAAAAGAAUUGGAUUCUAUCACUUCUGACCAUAAAUUACUUAAUUCUAAAUUUGAAGAACUAGCAGAAGAAAUUAGGAAAUAUACGCAAACCAGUGCAAAUCAUACAGAAAGUACAAAGAAUCGAGAUAUUGAUAAUGUUAGUAUGAAAUUUAUAUAUGAAUUGAAUAUCGUGAAAAGUUUAACUGACUCUUUAAACAUUUCUAUGAACAAGAAGUUAUCAGAGAUUGAUGAUUUUGUGCAAGCACUUUCUAACACUUCAAACAGUCAGUUUACAAGUCUUCACAAUGAUGUUAACAGAGUAUGGUUAGAAAAUAUAAACAGAGGAAAAUUGUUGCAAUAUGAGAUAUCUCAAAAUCUAAUUAUAUUAAAUAAUUUAACUCUUGAGAUGAAAAAUGUAAAAGGAGUUUUAGAAAAGUUUAAUUUAGUGAAUAAUAAAAAACUUUUAACUCCUGCAUCUUUAAGUCCUGAAUUCUUCCCAUUAACUCGCGAAUCUUUGAUUCCUGAAUCCAUUCCAACAACUCAUGACUUUUUAUUGACAACCUUAAGUCCUAGUUUGGGAAAUAUAUCAAAUACUGCAUCUGGAGAUAUUCAGAUUACAUCAUCAAAUUCAAGUAUUGGGAGUAAUAUGGAGCAUGCUUUAGAAAAUAAUCAGUCCGGCAUAAAUGGUCCGACCAGUGAAAGAACUGUCACUGAUCCAAUUACCUCUAAUGGUCAGCUCUCUAAUAGUUCAGAUGCUUUGAAGCAAACCGAUCGUCCUGGUUUCUUACUUCCAUUUGCUCCACAAGAACCCGGUCAUUUACCAAUCGAUAAUGUUUGACCUGGACUCUUACAUUAUUGGAUUGUGUCAUUUAUCAUUGGCUUACAAUUUUUAAAGGUUGUGUAAAUCUUGUUCUAGAAGAGGGAACUCACUGUCUUUUAUAUUUCUAAUAAAUAAAGCGUUUACCUUUAUACUAAAAAUGGAAAUUAUUUCUAUAUAUUGUUUAGUAUUUAAUUGAACUAUUAAAUUCUUUUAAAAAUUAAAU